AUGAACGCGAUACAAUCCAACAUAGAACAAAUCUGCUCGGGCGACAUUGACUUGCAGCCCCCAUACCAGCGAGAUGUGGUUUGGCCCGACACCAAGCAAAUUGGUCUGAUUGACUCCAUAUUCCGUAACUUCUACGUGCCGCCCGUGAUCUUCGUGGUGCAUACAACGGACGACGGCGGGGAGCGUCGGGUGUGCGUUGACGGCAAGCAACGCCUGACCUCAAUACACAGGUUCACGGGGGACAAAUUUGUGUUCCGAGAUGACACUGCGGUCAAGGGUCAAUUGUUGCCAGAGAAGUAUAGGAAACUUUUCGUGAACAAGCAAAUUGUAUGCAUGGAAUAUCAAGACAUCACCUCUGAAAAUGAAAGAGAGAUUUUCCAAAGGGUGCAACUUGGGAUGGCCUUGACCCCUGCAGAGAGGCUCCAGGCCGUCAGCAGUCCCAUUGCCAAUUUCGUCAGGGAGCUUCUGGAAAAGUAUGUUGAAGACCAGCUCUCGACCACGAUAGAGUGGGACACCAGUCGUGCAAACGAUUUCCGCGGACUGGCAUCCUCUGUCUACACCAUGUCCAAAUGGCCCCACAUCACCACGUUGCCGUCUAUUGGUGUCAUCGAAAAGUGGCUGCACGAUUCUGAGGCUCUUGAUGAAGAACUCCAACAGGAUAUCCACAACACCUUCGAACUCUUCUGCCAGCUGGCCAAGGACAAGAAGCUCAAUAAAUGCUUCUGGCUUCCUAACAUCAAGAAGGUUGCUCCCAUGGAGUUCCUAUGUAUAUCUCUCCUUAUCCAUUCCUUCAAGAGGAAAAUGACCAUGGCCCAGCUAUCAGAGUCUAUCUCUCUUCUCAGGAAGGACAUUAGGACUGAGGAGAAGGAUGUUAGGCAGAAUUCUAGGACCAUGAAGCAGGUUUUAACAUUCCUGAAGGGCCUCCAUCCCUCACAACUGAAGGCACAGUCUGGAGAGCCUGCAGCUAGCAAGAGGAAAAGGAACUCUUCAAGUGAAGGUGUUGACCAUCCCCCUUCCAAGAAGGCUGCUCCUUCCAAAUCCCAAACCACCAAACCUUCCAAUCCUCCCCCGCCUCGCUCUGCACCAACACCACCCAGCCCCUGCCCUCCCAUAGACCCUCCUACCCAACCUUCAUCCUCCAUCCGCCCCCCUCCCAAUCUUCAUAUGCCAACUGGGCCGUCAAGCGCCCGAGCUCCGCCAACGGGUCCACGCAACGCCGCCGCAUCACCGAUGCCCUCGUCCAUUUCAUCCCGCCCUAUCGCCUCCUUGCCCCCGCGACCGCCCAUCGGCCCGCCUGCGCGACAGAACUCAAUCGGCGACACACUGAUGGCGCGCAUGGCAUCGGCGCCUUCCCCUGCGUCACCUCCAAUGCCACGCUAUGGGGGCUACCCCAGCCCUUCAAUGCAGUUUCACCCGGGGCCGAACGACCCGCAAGGAAACCGCGCGUACGACGCCAAUCGAGACCCACGGCACCCGGCCUACCACCAGGAUGGACGAUAUGGCGCACCCGGACAGCCACCCGGACAGGGCUACGGACGCCGCAACUGA